AUGGGUUCAAGAAAGAACAGACACCUGAUUGUUUUCGCAACCAUUCUGGUGCUGCAGGUGUGGGCUUGCUGCGAAGCCACAACACGGUGGCACUUAGACGACGACAACGAAAUGAUGAAGAGGUACGAGGAGUGGAUAGUUGAAUAUGGACGAGUGUAUGCAAACGAAACAGAGAAGGUAGAGCGGUUCAAUAUAUUCAAAGCAAACGUGAAUUUUAUCGAUUCUUUCAAUCAGGAGGGAAACCACACUUUUAGAGUGGGAAUCAACGAGUUUGCAGAUUUAACCAACCACGAAUUCAAAUCUUCAAGAAUGGGAUACAAGAGCCCACCCUAUAUCGAUACGACGCGGUUUAUGUACGAGAACGUGACUGAGGUUCCUACCACUGUGGACUGGGUAGAAAAGGGUGCAGUGACUGCAGUAAAAAAUCAGCAAAAAUGUGGAUGUUGUUGGGCAUUUUCUGCUGUGGCAUCAAUAGAGGGAAUCACCCAGAUAAAAACAGAAAAGCUAAUCUCUCUAUCGGAGCAACAACUCCUAGACUGCGACCUCAUAAGCCUGGGCUGCCACGGCGGCUGGAUCGGCGCCGGAUUCCUCUACGUCCUCAUCCACGGCGGCAUAACCACCGAAGAAAACUACCCAUACACCAUGAAGAAGGGCUUCUGCCAACGCAAAAAGGCCUCCCAAUUCGCGGCCAAAAUCAAGGGCUUUCAGUGGGUCCCCAGCUACAAUGAGGCGGCGCUUAUGAAGGCUGUGGCAAACCAACCCGUCUCCGUGGCCAUCGACGCUAGCGGAUCGGCGUUUCAGUUCUACAAAGAGGGAAUUUACGGCAAGGAGUGUAAGUCGAAGGUGAACCACGCUGUGACGGCGGUGGGAUAUGGGGUGGAGGACGAGGGGAAGUUUUGGCUGAUAAAGAACUCGUGGGGAGAAAGCUGGGGAGAGAAGGGAUACGUAAAGUUGAUGAGGGAUACCGGCGAUAAGAAAGGAGUUUGUGGCAUUACCACGAGAUCUUCUUUUCCGAAAGCAUAG